CUUUCUCUACCCUUCCUAAUAACUAAACUAUAGUUUAUCAUCAUGGUCAUGAAUUUUCUUCUCUCCAUCCUCUUUUCUCUUUUCACUUUCUUCUCCUUCAACCCUGUCUCCUCCUUUGCCUCACAACCCUCUUACAAAGAUCACUGUGCUUCCACUGUUCCAGACUCAACCCCCACCACCAAACUCAGCCUCAAGCAUUUCCCUCUUGGUGAUCAUCACACUGGUUCGUACACAGGAGGUGAUAGCAUUAUUGAUGUUGGUGCUUCUUGGAACCGCUUCUCCUUUUACCUCUCAAAAAGGAACACACGUGCAACUCAAACCCCAAACCUUUUCAAACUUGAAGGAACUGUAUCAUUUAGAAGCACCAACACAUUCAAUGAUGGUGGUGGUUCAUAUUAUGGGGGCCAACGCCGUUACCGUAAAGGUUACGUAACCUUCAAGCUUGAAGGGUUUUGGCAUGCGUCUUCAGGGAAGGCUUGCAUGGUUGGGAUUGGGAGUGGUUAUUCCAAAAAAGGUAACUCUCUCAAUGUGAAUGCUGUUUUUAAGCUCAAUAAUGUGUUCAAUGCAAGCAACAUCACUAGCUUGGUUAGUGGAAGCUUGGAGAGUUUGAGUCCUCAAAAGGAUGAGAACUACUUUGAACCCAUUUCUGUGUUGAUGUUUCCAAAAGGAAAUUACAGUUACACCUUGGAUUCCAUAGAAGUUGCCAACGAGUUCUCUCAUGGGAGUGAUGCUGAGCAAGGAUUAGCAUUGAAUUUAAAUUCAUUGAGUUUUUGCAAACCUCCCCUCUCUUGGGGGAUUAGGAGACUCCAAUUGGAGUACUCACUUGAUUGCCGUUCUUCUAAGAAUUGCACUUCUAUAAGUGGGAGUUUUGGUAAACUUCCAUCUCUAAUGUCUUUGACAAGCACUGGAUGUUCUCUUACUACUGAGAAACAUAGGUUGAGGGUUCAAGUGGAAUUUUCAGAUAUUGGUUCUUAUUGGAUUAACCAAAGUUUUGACCCAAAAGCUAUGUUAGUAGGGGAAGGAUGGUGGGAUGAGAAGAACAACAUGCUGUGUGUAGUUGUUUGCCAUGUCAUGGGCAACUCAUCAUCAUUGUCUGGCACUCAUGUUGGUGAUUGCUCAAUAAGACUAAGAUUGAGAUUUCCCUCAAUUUGGUCAAUAAAAAACACUAUUAGCAUAGUGGGGCAAAUUUGGAGCAACAAGAGGCCAAAUGAUUCAGGACAUUUCAAGAUGGUAACAUUUAGAAAUGAUGAGGAGAGUGGGGUGGGAGGCCAUGGCUUAAAGUAUGAGUAUAGCCAGCUAGAAAAGGUUAACAAAUCAUGCCCUAAACACAAGCCUAAUGACAAGGGGAAAAGAUAUCCUGAGGCCUAUUCUGAUGACAUGAGAUUUGAUAUGUCAAUUAGAGAGUCCAAUAAAAGGGUAGCAUGGGGUUAUUCAGCACCCUUAGCUGUUGAUGAUGAAUUUUAUGAGUCUGGCAUGUAUGCAUCUUCUUAUUCUUUCUCAAGUUUCUCAACUGAAGUUCCUGAUGGAACCCUCAACAUCAACGACAACAAUGGUAGCUUAUUUAACAUGAGCUACAAGAUUAGCCUCUCAGUGAUAUCAUAUUCAAAGAUAGGGGACAAUACUUCUGUGUUUAAUUUGUCCUCUGAGAGAGUGAAGAUCUCUGCAGAAGGAGUUUAUGAUGCCGGAGCAGGAACGUUGUGUAUGGUAGGUUGCCGUGACCUUCUCUCAAACACAAACACUGAGAUACCAAUAGCUCAUUCUGUGGACUGUGAGAUUCUACUGAAGUUUCAGUUCCCAUCAUUGGACACAUAUGAUGGAGGCUACAUUAAGGGAAGUAUUGAAAGCACGCGUCAUGAAUCUGAUCCUCUUUACUUCAAGCGUUUAGACAUAUCUGCAGUGGCAUAUUAUAGGGAAGCAGCAAGAAGAAAUGUUUGGAGAAUGGAUGUGGAAGUGAUGAUGGCUCUGAUAUCUACAACUCUAUCAUGUGUUUUUGUGGGGUUGCAACUCAACAAGGUGAAGAAAGAACCAAAUUUGCUCCCCUUCAUCUCCCUUAUUAUGAUGUCAAUUCUUACUUUGGGUUUCAUGAUACCCCUUGUUCUCAACUUUGAAGCUCUUCUCACUCAAAAUCCCAACAACACAAUGCGGGUGUUUAGAAAUAAUGGAUGGCUUGAGGUUAAUGAAAUAAGUGUGAGGCUGAUCACCAUGGUGGCUUUCUUGUUGCAAUUUCGGCUUCUGUAUCUGACUUGGUCAGCAAGGAAGAGUGGUGAGAGCAAGAAAGGGCUAUGGAUUGCUGAGAGGAACAGUGCUUAUGUCACUUCACUCUUGUAUGCAGCAGGGUUAUUGAUUGCAUGGUUGUUGAAGUUGAAGAAUGGAGAUAAUAAGGAUUCUGUGUAUGUCCCUAUGUACCAGCCUUCACCUUGGGAGAACAUCAAGUCUUAUGGUGGUUUGGUUUUGGAUGGUUUUCUCUUGCCACAAAUCAUUUUAAACCUGUUUUUAAACAUGAGAGACAAUGUUCUUUCAUUUUCUUUUUACUUUGGAACUACUUUUGUGAGACUCUUGCCACAUGCCUAUGAUCUUUACAGGACUCACAGUGAUGCUGCCCUAGAUAGUCGAUCAUACUACUAUGCUGAUCCAAGUGAAGAUUUUUACUCCACUGCUUGGGAUAUUGCCAUUCCAUUGGGAGGUAUCCUAUUUGCUAUGAUUAUUUACUUGCAGCAACGUUUUGGUAGCCAUUAUAUUUUGCCUCAUAGGUUCAAAGGGUCUAAGGUAUAUGAAAAGGUGCCUGAAAAGGUGCCUGUGGUUGCAGAAUCAGAAGCUGAAGUAGAGACCACCAACUUGUAAAAUUCACUUUUUGAU